CACUACCCCUUUAGACUUUUACAAAACAGCAUCCGUGUAUUUAUUUAAUAAUUAGCGCUCUCAGAACGACUCAUGGUCGAAUGCGCCCAUAUGGAGCGCUCAUGCAUACAUUUCCCAGCGUUCCGCCUCAGCUCUGGGCGGAAGUGUCGUCAUGACGAUACUUAUAAAGCUGCUUCCCUGGCAGCUCAAAUAGACCAAUGCUUUGCGGGGUGAACCUGCCGCGGCUGCGAUGGGACGAGCACGGAGGAAUGACAGCUUGUGCAGGAAUUUAUGCUGAACUGCAUCCCCACCUCUGAGAGGACGGCAGCAGCGGGCUCGGUCGAACUAUGUGACAGCUGGCGUUUCCCCCGUCGGAGGAGACGUUAUUCGCGUUUUAUGCAUUUUCUUUUAAUUUAUUUUAUUUUUCUUUCUUUAAUGUGAAGAAUGGAUCCGGCGAAAUGGGCACAAAAGUUGACCCGGCGGUGUCCUCUGGAUGUUGCGGCUCGCCGGCUCAAACUCGACUAGGUCUCGGCGCAAGUGGAAAUUCUACCUCUCUCUCCGCGGGACGGGGGAAAUCAUUUGCGGCAGAAAUAACCGGCCAGAUAACGGAAUUACCUCUCUGACCGAAGAACUGUGCGAGACGCCGCUUAGCCUCGGAUGUCGCCCCGCUGAAGACACUGGAGACGUUCCAGUGGACUGUUUUAUAGACCUCUGGACGUUGUUGUGGAUUGUGUUGCUAUUUAAUGCAAUGGGCUGCAUCCAGAGUAUCAGGUGUAAGCCCAAGAGUUUCCGAGAGAGUAUCAUCGUCCUGGAGCUGAACACGUCCAUCGACUCCAACCCUACCAGCAUCGACGAGGCGUCAAGCGUGGUCCUGCGCUACCGGACGCCGCACUUCCGAGCUAAUGCCCGAGUCCUGGUGCCGCCAGUAGCCGCUAAAGAGACGUGGACCAUCGGCUGGAUUCAAGCGUGCAACCACAUGGAGUUCUACAAUACGUAUGGCGACAAAGGGAUGUCCAGCUGGGAGCUCCCCGACCUGCGCGACGGAAAGAUCCAGGCCAUCAGCGACUCAGACGGGGUCAACUACCCGUGGUACGGCAACACCACGGAGACCUGCACCGUUGUGGGCCCCACCAAGAAGGACAGCAAAUUCACUGUUAGCAUGAAUGACAAUUUCUACCCCAGCGUGACCUGGGGAGUGCCGGUCAGCGACAGCAACGUGCCUCAGCUCAGCAGCAUCCGCCGCGACCAGAGCUUCACCACCUGGCUGGUGGCCAUCAAUCAGGCCACCUCGGAGGCGCUCGUCCUGCAGACGGUCCGCUGGAGGAUGCGCCUCCACAUCCAAGUGGACCCGGAGAAGCCGCUGGGCCAGAGGGCCGUGCUAAAGGAGCCCGUGGCCCAGGAGCAGCCUCAGGUCCUCGGCAAGAACGAGCCCAUCCCCCCCAACGCCAUGGUCAAGCCCAACGCCAACGACGCCCAGGUGCUGAUGUGGCGGCCAAAGAGCGGUGACCCCGUGGUGGUCAUCCCACCCAAGUACUGACCUGCUUCACUGACCAGACUGGCCUUCGAUACCUUAACAGUAUCAUCUCUUUAUUUGUUUUAUUUCUUUUUCUCCUCACCAGCUCUCACUGCUUCAACCCUUCUUCUAUUUAUUUCCCCCCCCCUCCCGCCUUUCGCCUCUAUAUUCUUCUCUCGUGUUUCAAAAAGACUGACAGAGGAAACCAGCGCUGACAGAAAAAAAAAAAGAAAAAAAAAAAGACCAGCUGUCGUUUCGAGGUGGGGGGGUGGGGUGGGGGUUCGAGCGGACUUUUUAAACUGGAGUGAACGAACUGAACUGCAACCAUUCUACCUUCAAAAACUGGGUCGGGUCUCACUGUGCUAAAUUGCAAAAAUGAUCAUUUUUAAUUUUUACAUUUUUGGCUGUUUGGGCCAAGCGACGUAGGGUUUGUGAGUGUGGGUGCAUUCAAGUAUUUUACACGACCAUGUCGGCGCACGCGCUACAACACAUGGAUAUGCACAAAAUUUGUGUACGAAUACCAGUUGUGUUUUUAUUUAUGGGUUCGAAGGGAGUGCAUUUAAUUACGUUUGAUGUUGUGUUACGUACAUGGCGAAUUGCGUUGGUUGACGUAGUAGAUUUUAGUACUUUUUUUUUAAAAAAGAAAAAGAAAAAAACAUGCAAGACAUUCAAUCCAUGCUGCCUUAAGUUUACAUUGCUUUCCAAACUUUUUAGCCUUAAACAAAGUGCAAUGCAGUAUUUAGUCAUUUGGUCCCGUUUCCUUCCUGACUGUCGGUGCUGGCGCGUUGUGUGGGUUUAGGACAGGAAUGAUAGGACAGGAAAAAAAAAAAUGAUACAAACCUAGGCUUUUAUGUUCCGUCAGAGUGUUUCAACCGAACCGACGAGUCGAGUUUCAAGUGCAUUAUGCAACAGAUGCUCUGCGCAGACGAAUAUAUGGAGAGGAAAAGCCAUCAAUAGCAGUCUGAACAACAAAACCCGACACGCAAUAACAAACGGCUACCCAAAAAACCCUCCGCAGCUGACCUCGGUCCAGUCAGUUUACUCUGUUUGCCGUAGAACUAAAACAGCAGAAAAUACGUUUUCCUUUCUGUGCAUCACUCCAUCUCAGGGCCCCCCUCUUUUCUUUUCAUUUUUUUUUUUUACUUCCUUCCCCUUGGCCUUUCAUCCGUCCUGUCUUGCCUUAUUGCCACGACGAGUAACUGUUUCGCUCACGUUGAACGAUCAACACAAUAACUUUUAACAACUGGAGAAUAAAAGCAGCAGUCUGUCUGCUCUGUGCAAUCUGCUUCUUGCCAUCUUUUGUCAACUUUUAAGAGAAUCUCACGGGGACUGUGUGUGUUAUUGAUGCCUACCUUUAAAACAAAAGCAUCACUUUUGUCUCUAUACAAUUAAAUCCAAUCAUCUUCCUCUCAUGUUAACAGUCUUUUCUAUUUUAUUUUAUUUACUUUUUUACCGUUUCUCCCCCUUUAAUCCUUAUCUACAGCGGUAUUCCUCCUCCCACUUUCUCGCUUCCUCUCCCCUGCCUUCCCCUCCUCUGUCUCUCACUUUUUUAUCUGCCGUCGGGGCUGAAAGGCAGAGCGGGAGGCAUGCGAGUUUGAUGCCGGCUGCUCGGCUGGCAUAUAGAUGACCCACUUCUCUGCCUCGCCGGUUGUGGCUCUCGCUGCAGAAAUGUGGGGCUUGUCUCCCUUUGUUCCGCCGGCGGCAGAACGCAAGACACAUCCACACAGGCGUAAACAGGCGGCCAAAUAUCAAUGAAAGGAUGCCCGCGUAAAUGUUAAUCUCCGCUCGGCUGCAAACGCAAACUGCUCUUCAAAGCCCAAAGAAGGAGGCUGAAUUUGUUUUUUCUCUCAUACGUCAUAUGGGGAAAAAAAAUAAGAGUUUGCUUUCGGAUGAUAGAGACACCUUCCAAAUUCAUUGUGCCUAGUCGCUGUGUCCAUUUGGCUCCAACCAAAGAGAUAAUUUGCAUGCAAGUCUGAUAUGCUCAUGCAUUUCCCAAGCUCUGUAGGCUGCUGCUCCUGCUGCUGCUGUAUAAGCCUCUUCUUCUUACUGACCGCAGCAAUCGUCCGCCGGGGUUGGUUCAGAUCACGUCCCUUUUCAUGUUUUUAAGUUUGAUUUCCUUGGGGAACACACUUGGGAUUCUGCAGAGAGAGCGUAGCUUAGCAUAGUUUAGCGAUCUAGAAAUACGGAAGCCAGCCGGGCUAAACAUUUAGUCGCUGUCACCUCUGAGAGUCACCUUUUAUCUGAUUUACUUAAACCAUCCAAAAACAGAAGUGUAAGAACCUUACACCGCUCUUUGGAGAAGGCUCUGUAGAUACCAAAUAACAUCGAGCCGACGCCUCGCUCAUACAUGUCUAGGCUCCCGACACUCCUGUCCGAGAUAGCCUCUGCUCCAGGCGGAGUCACAAGACAUUGUGAAGGAGAGGUAAGAGGCUAUUGGUGUCAUAAUUAGAUCGGCGCUGACACACUUCGAUGCCCUAGAUGGACUGAACUGUGCAGAGUCGCGCUGCACAUCUCAAGGGCUAGCUGGAGUCACGGCUGAGGUUUAAUGGAGGUCAAAUAGCAAAGGUCUGGGGCAAAGUUUUUGCCGUGUGUGUGUGUGUGUGUGUGCGAAGAGCCGCCACUGUCCUAAAAUGUACAGCGUGCACUUAAAUGUCCGCGUAGGAGGGGGACGAAUAUAAAGGUGACAACAAAUUGGAUCCAUUCAGACAUUAAUACCGGCUUAAAAUAACAUUGACAUUUUCAAAGGGGGAUGUCAGGCGCAAGCCGUUUCGAUUCGCGGCUCGUGUUGAAGGCCGUAGAGGAAGCUCACGUUGGGAACCUAGCGCAGCGCGGCGUCGCUUUAUUUCGUGAGGCGGACAGCGCUCGAGCCGGACGGCGCGUAAAGUCUCAGUGUGCGUUUUGUGUCCCGCUGAUGGGACUUAGGCGGGUUGAGGAGUUUCGCUCGGUGUGCUUCUCCCGUCGCCGACUCACGACACUAUCUCUCACAAACACGAACGCAGGGGAGGUUGUGUCCUUGUCAUGAAGCCGGGGACCGGGCUUGCCCUCGCAAACACGCAUAAACACCCUGAGGGGAAAGGAGCAGGCCUGGCGUGGUAUCUGAUUGUCACAGCAGUGUCACACAGGCAGCGUGAACUCAUUUAUCAGCCUUGCACGUGGCCCGACUGAACACAAGCACAUGCUGCAAAGCCAUAUGCACAAACACACCUGUUUACUAAACAACAGGGAAGGCAUAUACAUCUCCUCAGGCCACGGGCUUGUCAUCUACAAGCAGCAUUUCAUGUUAUAAUAUAGGCAAAGGGCAUAGAGGCUUUAUAUGCUUCCUUAAAUUAUCCGCAGAUGAACAAAAGUGCCAAAAUUGGACAACGCCAAAACUAUGCAGUAGGACAACAACCUCUUGGCACUUCGUAACAGGAAUGUUUUCACUUGUUUUUAAUUAAAUACCAAUGUAUAUUGGCUCUAACGGAGAAACCGAAACAAAUGCAAGACGUGGGCACGCUUCUAGGUCUGUGCCAAGUGAAUGGACGACUCCUCUCCUAAACCCACACCUUUAAAAGUUCCUCCGAGGGCUGCUGCCUUUGCUUCACGUCUUUAUACAGUUGUUUAUACCCGUGAGACAUCAGUGGAUCGUCAUACUUUCGCUCAAACCAAAUUCACACUCAGGACGGCCGGCCUUCAUUUCCUGGCUUUUUUCUUUUCUUUUUUUUUAAACUUUUGGUUCAGUCCCAUAAAAAUCUGAAGUUAGCGUGGGUGCAUCUUUCUCUCGUCCGUACGUCAGAAACUAUAAUUCAUUGUUUUGAACAGAACCCGAAAAAGUAGCACAAACGAAAAUACGAGUGACAAAGUACGCGUCUCGUGUGUUUGUUUUGGUUUCUGGAAAUACAGCACUGGAAAUUGCAGAAUGUUCAUUGUUUUUCAGCUCUUACUUCUAAACCAAUACUUGAAAAAUGGGUCAGUUCUGGCAAAUAUUUAAAACUGUGAAAAUGCACAACGUUGGGGGAAACCAUCCCUGAAAAAAACAGAUUAUAUUAAAAGAAAUGUCUUUUUCAUGAAUGAAUAAAAUGUACGAAUACUGUG